GCUUGAGUCGCUUGACGUGGUGGUGCAGAGUGGAUCGAACUUGAAAGCUUGACAGGGUGAGGUUGAGGCUUGACGCAGUGAGACAACACUUGACACUGCAUCUGAAAACCAUGUUACAGUGCCGCGUCACAGGCGCGUCACGAUCGCGGCAGGCGCGCGUCAAUUUUACCUGGCCCAAUCACAGUACGAUUUGAUAUAUACUUACAUAGACCACACCAAUAACAAGAUGCCACUAGACCUUGCAAACGUUGAACCCUCCAACUCUGCCAUAAUCGUCGUCGACGUACAGAACGACUUCGUCAGUGGCAGUCUCGCCGUCCGCGAUGCAGAGCAAGUCAUCAGUCCCAUCAACGCACUCCUGAAGCUCCCAUUCGCUAUUAAAAUUGCCACCCAAGACUAUCACCCCGCUAACCACAUCUCCUUUGCGCGCAAUCAUGAGGGCAAGAAGGAAUUUGACAAGAUCGUCAUCUUUCCUCCCGCAGAGUUGGUAGUAGGGAGGACGCUUGAGGAUGAAAGGUCCCUUGAAGGGCUAGAACAGGUGCUGUGGCCUGUUCAUUGCGUUCAGGACACUUUUGGGGUAGCAUUUGUGGACGGCCUGGAGCAUGAGGGCCUGGAGGUCGUCCGUAAAGGCUGCGAUGUCGGGAUCGAGUGCUAUUCUGCAUUCGAAGACCCGUGGGGACUCACAAACACUGGACUCAAGGACAAACUGAGGAACAAAGAAAUAUCAAAUGUUUUCGUGGUCGGCAUAGCGGGAGAUUAUUGCGUCAAGUCUACUGCACUCGAUGCAAAGAAAUACGGGUUCAGGACAUUUGUGAUCAGGGAUGCGGUCAGGAGCGUGUCUGAUAACGGUAUAGAAUGGAUUGAGAUGGACAAGGCGGGAGUCGAAAUCAUCGACACGGCUGAAGAGCUUUUGACGUCAAGAGUGUUAUCUCAGUAACUUAUGUAUAAUUAGUCAUUUACAAGAUCCUAUGCCAGCGCU